GCGGCCGAAGGCGGAUGUGCGCGAGCGGCUCCUCCCGUUGGCAGCUGGCUAAGUGAGCGCGCCGCGGCGGUGAUGUCAGUGCAGUCGACGUGCGCCUGAAUGCACCCUGCUGGGACGCGCGGCGUCGCGAUGGUGCCCGACGUGCCCCACAUGUCGCUGGCGUUCGGCGAGCCGACGGCCGGCCUGCGAGUCGUCGAGACGACAUGGCGGCCCGAGUCGACGGUGCUGCUCGAGCCGGCCAAGGAGUGCUGGAGGCGGCUGCGGCCCGAGUCGUGCGCGCCGCCCGUCCAGACGAGCACGUACCCAGGCAGGGCGGUGCCGUGCGCGGCUCCGCUGUGCUCCAGCCGCGUCAGCUCGUCAUCGGACGCCAAGGACCUGAGCCAGCCGCUGUUCGUGGACACGACAGUGGAGUACGACCUGCCGAAGGAGGCCUACCCGCCGGAGCACAGCGAGCCGCUGCUGAUCGUGCACCCGCAGUACUUUGAGCACCUGCGGCAUCGGCGCACGCUCGGCGCCGGCUGCGUCUGUCAGCUCUGUAACUUCUACGGCCGGCGGAUCCCUCACGGCGGCCAGGAGCCGGCGCCAUCCGCUGCCUCCGCCGCCGCCGCCGCGCCUGUCGCACCAGAGACCUUCCAGAAACCGGAUGCUCCGCACCACUGGCCGCGGUACCACCAACCGCACCAGCCGCCUUGUCAACUGCUGCACCAAGCGACGCACCCUUCGCUGCAGCAGCCGCUGCAGCACGUGGCGCCGCAGUCGCUGCAGCCGGUGCAGCAGCAGCUGCUGCCGACGCCCGCCCGCUACAACUGCAUGCUGGAGCGGUACGGCUGCGAGGCCGGCCGUGGCGCACCGGCCUCGUUCGUGACGCCCACUGUGAGCUGUGAUUCGGACAGCGGCUACUCGAGCGUCGAGCUGGAGCCGCCCGAGUGGUGCCAGCGGCUGCAGCAGCAGCAGCAGCGCGCCGACAGUGACGCCCGCGACGUGCUGGCCAAGCGCAAGCGGCGGACCGACGUGUCGCAGCCGGCGGCCAAGAGGCUGCGCGUCGCCUACUGGCCAGGUGGCGUUCCGACGCUCGACAUGGUGCCCUACCUCCACCGGCAGCCGGCCGUCAUGUAGCUGCUCCCGGCUGCGUCGCGGCGGGCGGCGCCACUCUCGGCUGUGCGGCGCCGGUCUCCGGAGUUCGGAGACCUCGCCUCAUGUCGCGGAGAUCUCCGAGGAUCCCGACCAAGGAGCGGGGUGUGGCUGCGAAGCGUCUCGCCGGAGACGCCCGCGCUGUCUCGCUCGAGAACGAGCGACCGUCUCGGGGGAUCUCCGCGACGCGAAUGGGCAUACCGGGGGCCAGGCUCGGCCCGCCGAUAGAAACCAGUCUUCUGUGAUUACUCCCGUGUACUGCGUCUGCAUGUGACGCCGUUGUGGCUUUCAUAAUGUGAUGGUAAGGAGGACGAAGCCGAGUUAGCUUUAAUUCGUUUACCGUUGAUUUGGUGUUUGCGUUGCGUUACUUUUGCCAGGCAGCGUCCCACUGACGCCUAGCCGGCUGGACACCGGACUCGUUUGUUUUCAACCUUGUUAUCUCAUGGUGUAAUGAACGUAUAUCAAUGAGGCGACGUCCUCUGAUAAAUAUAGACCCCGUGUCAUUACUCUGAC